UGCAUCCCAAGAAAGAGAGAGCUUAAGCUUUUUUUUUUUUUUCUUGGAUUGAAAAUUAAUAAUGGGAACACCUUCAGACCAAAGCAUUAAGUAUGAUUACUCCUUCAAGAUCGUGAUGAUAGGUGAUUCUGGAGUUGGCAAAAGCACUCUUCUUCUCAGUUUCAUUACUGGUGCUGUGACGGAUCUUCCUAACACCAUUGGGGUGGAUAUGAAGAUGAAGCAUAUAAAAGUAGGCGGGAAGAACCUGAAGCUUACAAUUUGGGACACUGCUGGACAAGAGAGAUACAGAACAUUAACAAGCACUUAUUAUAGAGAUGCCCAUGGGAUCAUUCUUGUUUAUGAUGUGACACAGAGACAAACCUUUACCAACUUAGCAAACUUGUGGGCUAAAGAAGUGGAACUUUACUCCACAAACAAGGACUGUGUGAAGCUUCUGGUUGGAAAUAAAGUUGAUAAAGAGUCCGAAAGGGUUGUAAGUAGUGAAGAAGGAAUGGAAUUGGCAAAACAACAUGGAUUUUUGUUUCUUGAAGCCAGUGCUAAAACUAGAGAAAAUGUGGAGAAAUGUUUUCAAGAUUUGGCACUCAAAAUGCUGCAGGAUUUAGAGAAGAAACGACAGGAGGAAUCGGAAAAGAAACGACAAGAGGAAUUAGAAAAGAAACGACAGGAGGAACUAAAGAGUAAACCUCAACCACAAAGAGCAGAGACAAAACCUGAACCGCCAAAUGUGGAGAUAAAACGACCUACAUAUCCAGGACCGCCUGGUGGAGGUGGAGGUAGAGGUAGAGGUAGAGGCAGAGGAGGCGGGUGCGGAGGGGGCUCUUGUCCUUAAUUGGUUGCAAAGUUAGAAAUUUUCAUAUAAAUAAAUAAAAUUAUAUAUAAUAUAAUGUAAUUAUGUAAUCUAAUGCUACAAAAAAAUUUUAAUCU